AGAUGGAUUAUUCCACCAAAACUCUUGCUGCUGGCUGCUUUGGGAAGAUAUACAGGGAGAAGUACAAUGACACCUGGGCUGCAAUCAAGAAGGUGCCACAACACUUAAUCAAUAGGACAGACCUGGAGAGAGAGUGUCAAGUAUACAAGUGAGUAUGACAGAUAAUGUGCUAUCAUGGUAUAAUAAUAAUAAUGUGCCAUUUAGCAGACGCUUUUAUCCAAAGCGACUUACAGUCAUGCGUGCAUACAUUUUUUUUUUUGUGUAUGGGUGGUCCCGGGGAUCGAACCCACUACCUUGUCGUUACAAGCGCCGUGCUCUACCAGCUGAGCUACCAGCUGAGCUAAAUGGUGAUGAUAUCAGAGAUGGUGUUGAUGAGGGUGCUGAUGAAGGUCACUACAGAAGUGCUUAGUUGUGCUGUCUGUAGACUCCAAUGCCCUCAUAACCCUUUCUCUCCAUUUUAUGUCACACUCUCUCUGUGACCUGGGACUCCAGUAAGGCAAUUCAUCCUAACAUAGUGAAGCUUCUGGGUAAUCCAACACUCAAGGACUCUAAGUGGAUCAUCCCCAUGGAGUUCAUUUUUGGAGAGGAACUGGAGACAACCAUCUUCAAAUCACAAAAAUCUAAAAUACAGGUAGGUCUAUGGAUCCCACCUCUUCCACCAAACAUGCAUGCGACAGUGUUGAUGAAAGUUCACAUAGUAAAACUUUUCUAUCUGAAAUAUCUGCUAAAUAAGUAUCUAGGCCUACAGGAUUUUCAGGGGGCCUUCCCAAAAUUAUUAAAAUAUUUCUAUGUGCAAUUUAGCUCAUCAGUUGAUAAUCAAAGCCUUUGUUCCCCCACAGUUGACUCCAUCUAUAAAGGCCACCAUCAUCACAGGCAUGUGUGAAGGACUACUUCACCUACACAGCAAAGAUAUCGUCCAUCAGGACCUCAAGCCUGACAACAUCAUGGUGAGAAAGGCAAUAAAGUUGUUUUUGUUGUUCUGAUGUUCUUCAUUAAUGAUGCAAGACUUUAGAAGCAGUUGUUCAUCUGUUGUUGGGAGUAAAGGACAUUAUCACUGUAAAUAAAUAGACUAGAUACAGUAUAAAACGAAAUUUCUCCACCCCUCUCAAAUGAUCUCUUCCAGGUAGAGCAUGGCACUCACCGAGCUGUGAUCAUUGAUAUGGGACUGGCCAAAUUCUUCCGCAAUGGCCUAAAUUCUGCCAUGGAUAUGGGCAACGAGGCUUACUCUCCCCCUGAGGUCCUGCAGAGGAGGGGCCAGCGAGAUCAGCGCUCAGACGUGUGGGCUAUGGGUAAAAUCAUUGCCGAACUUUAUGCCAGAGUCAGGCUGCACACCCCCAGCGUCUGUCCAACUAAGAUCCAGGAGACCCUCAGACUCCAAGGCCAGCAGUACUGUAAUGCUGUCUGUAGGAUGGUGCAGAGCGACCCCACAGUGCGAGCCACCAUGGCCGGGAUCAUGCCAGAGAUACGAAGGGCAGGGGGAGGUGGCAACACCGGGGAGAAACAAAGAGGACAUCUUCUGACACCCUUUCCUCACACUGAGGUAAAAGACACCUUGCCACAUCCUCAAGCUCCUGUACAGCACUCACUUUCUCCGAGAUUUGAGCGUGCAGCUUUUCCAAAGCCUGAGGUCAAGACAACACUAAGUCCUCAAGCUCCUGUACAGCGUUCACCAUCUCCAUCGAGAUUUGGGCGCAAUGCUUUACCAAGGCCUGAGGCCAAGACGCUAGUGGGAUCUCCUGUGAGAGCGCCUUCUCGAUCCAGAUGGGAGCCUACAGCUUCUCCAAAGCCUGAGGUCAAGACGCUAGUGCGAGCUCCUGUUCGAGCGCCUUCUCCAUCGAGAUGGGAGCGUGCAGCCUUGCCAAAGACUGAGGUCAAGACUGAGGUCAAGACAACACUGCAACCACAACCUGUACAGCGGUCACCUUCCCCAUCAAGAUGGGAGUGGGCAGCCUCUCCAAAGCCUGAAGUCAAGAACUCACCGUCUCCCCAUCCAAAGGUAGACCAGUGUAAUGCAUUGGUUCCAUCAGGCAUGGCUCAACCCAGUCAAGAUGUCAUGAAACAGCUUCUCUACAAAGAGGCGUCGAAGGGUCUCCCAUGCCCACUCCCCACAACGGGCAAGGUGCGAAUCCGCCGCUAUGAGCAAAGAAAUGGUGAAGUGGAGACUUGGGAGCAAAAGGAGGUGGAGACUGAAGGAGGGAGGAUAGUCAAGUUUGAGGAUGUGAUGUUUAACAACAAGUCGUAA